AUGUCGCAUUUGGCGGCCAUUUUGAAUUUUUUUAAUAGAAGGCGGUGGAAUGGUGGAAACGUAUCAUGGGUGAGACAUCGUGACAUACAUUUAUUAACAGUUGGUCGUUACACGUACACAUCGGAUCAAAGGUUUCGUGCGAUACAUCACGUACAUUCGGAAGAAUGGACGCUUCAGAUAAAAUAUCCACAACACAGAGAUUCUGGUAUAUACGAAUGCCAGAUAUCAACGACUCCACAUUUAAGUCAUUUUAUUCAUUUUAAAGUCGUCGGAAUUUAA